CGGGGUGGGAGGGAACAGGAAGGCUCUUGGACGGUUCUGCGGGCUGCAGACGAAGAGUGCAGCCCCAAGAGAAGCGUUAAAACUGAAAAGGGGGAGAGCUUGAGCCAGUGGCAAAUGGAGGACGGGCCCUCCAUGAAGGUUGGUGAAGGACUUGGCAUCUUGAGGCCCGAAGAGCUUGAAGGAAAAUCUUCCCCAAAAGGAGGAUUUACUCAUGGAAACACAACGCUUAUAUUUGGCACCCUGUAUCCUGCGUAUUACUCGUACAAAGCAGUAAAGUCAAAAGACAUUAAAGAAUAUGUAAAAUGGAUGAUGUAUUGGAUCAUAUUUGCACUCUUCACAACAGCAGAGACUUUCACAGAUAUCUUCCUCAGCUGGUUUCCAUUCUACUAUGAACUAAAAAUAGCCUUUGUAGCCUGGUUGCUGUCUCCUUACACAAAGGGCUCCAGCCUCCUUUACCGGAAGUUUGUUCAUCCCACCUUGUCUUCAAAAGAAAAGGAAAUCGAUGACUGUCUGGUUCAAGCAAAAGACCGAAGCUAUGACGCCCUGGUGCAUUUCGGGAAGCGGGGCCUGAACGUGGCAGCGACAGCGGCCGUGAUGGCGGCUUCCAAGGGACAGGGUGCCCUCUCGGAGCGACUGCGGAGCUUCAGCAUGCAGGACCUCACCACCAUCCGAGCCGACGGGGUCCCCGCCCCCGCCCCCGCCCCUGCCUCGGCUCCCCCGGCCACCGGAAGGACCAGCGGCAAACAGAGCCUGUCCAAGAUGUCCAGAAGCGUGUCUGAAGGUGCCGGCAGUUCAGUGUGUACCUGCUGCUCGGCCUGUAGGACUCGGAAAGUGGUUGAGGGAGAUGUGGACAAAGGGGGAGCGAACCCCGGGCAGGUCCGCGAUGACAUGAACGCGUUAGUGUUCUCGGACGAAGAAGAGAACGAUCUUCUGGAUUACAUGUACAAGUUCAGAGCACCCAGAAAGACGGAACUACCUCUAGAGGCACCGCCUAGAUUCCUCCGAUCUCGCUCCAGGAAGAAAAGUACCUCAUCCUCUGCCACCGAAACCAUGUGAGUGCGAUGAGCCAACGGCAUCGAGAUCCACAGGACGUCUCCUCUCUGCCUUAAAGAGCUAAUCACUAAUACCGUAGAAAACAGCGAGCUGGGUGUGCUUUUAAGUGUGUGGCAUCGCAGACACGGCCCUCCCUCUCUUCCCUUCAUCUUUGUACCUUUUUUUCUGGGUGGGGGGGGUGGGGUGGGUGACCCUCAAGUCCUCCGGCGAUUUCUGUCUUUCACAACCUAGCCGCUCCCAACUUAGCAGGGAAGAGCCCCGGUGGCGAUCUCGGCUCAGUUUCGGAUCUACGAGACGGACUCCAACUAAUACCGUCGCUGUGUACAUGUGUAAUUUAUGAGUUGCUUGCUUGGUUUUUAGCCUGUAAAUGCAACCUGAUUGAUUUUUUGUUUUUAAAAGCCCCCUUCCCCACCCGCCCCCGCCGCUUGGUAGUAGUACUUUGGACUAUAAUGUAUUUAUUUAUGGCUUUUUGAUUAGCCCAGGGGAGUUCCGGGAGGCACCGGUGGUCCCCAGUCGUGGGAGAAGACUGUGAACUCGAAAAGAACGAUGUAAAAGCAAAACGAAAAAACCCCUGAAUUCCUUUGACUGUACAGAACGUCUCGGAUGUUUUACCACAGCUGUCGAAUGCCACUCUCGUUUAGUUUGUUUUCUUAACCUUUCUUUCCGGGUGCUUCCGUCAAAUAUGUACACUUCCGGCAAGGAGGAGGAACGGUGACUGCAGGAGGGAUGUAGACGUGUACAUACAGUGGCUACCGCUAUCCAAAAUCAUUUCCCUUUUCAGAUCCGGUGCGGCCUGACCUUUCCCCACCCUUUAGACGAGGUGAGGAGGAGAGCUGAGAACUAAAUGCAAAGUGAAAUGCAGGAGGCUCGUUUCAGAGCUGGGAAAGCCUAAAUCCUCGCUCAGGUUUCGACAUGCCUCAAGUGGGCCCGGCUAGGUAAUGUAGCCUCUCACCUCAGUUUUCCCCUCCGUAAAAUGGGGCCGGGCUUCCUAACACCCUCCCAGGGAUGGGGUGAGGUUCCUUUGGCUCAUGUUUGAAAACACUUGGCAGAUGAAAAUUCUAAACGACAACGAGGAACUCUUAACCUGAUAUCCAGCUUAGUGGUAACCACCGUACCGACGAACCGUGCCCAAUUUCAACAGAUAAAGGAGAGUCUGCAGUUUAAACCACUUGCACUGGGAGAGAAAAUACAACAGAUAGUACGAGAAAAGGGAAGCUACAAUUCUAUUUUAACUUUCGAAGAAUUCCUGACACUACGCUUAAGACACGUUUGUAAUAUUGGUGAUAGUGUGAUUCGGAAUGAUUUUAGAGUUAGUGUUUAUGGCAAAACUUUCCCCUCAAAUCCACAUGGUAGGUAUUGAUCCCGAUCGAGCAGUGGUAUUUAUUGAGCGCUUACUGCAUGCGGAGCACUGUACUAGACACUUGGGGAAGAACAACGCAGUAGGGUCGGCAACCCCAACGCCUGCCCGCAGUAUGAGUAGAAGAAUCCCUUAGCGGCACACAGUCGGCUCUCUCCUCUGCACCUCGGAUCUUAAUUGGCAAAAAAAAAGCCUCCCGGGGGAAGUUCAGAAUAUUUUCACUCAAAGUCCGGGAAUUAGAGAUGAGGGGAAAAUUGGAUCCAUCCGGUGGAUUCUGGUUUAAAUCGCAACGGCCUAGCGUGUUAGGGUAGCAUGUCCGGAACGUCAUGGCGCUGACCGUGAGAGGGGAAAACUAUAGGAUCUGUGUAGUUGUGCUUAGAGUUGGAGUCUCCUGUAGGUGUAAUGCAUGCGACGUCCUCAAAUACGUUAAUCGCGUGACUCUCUGAUUGUGUCUGCCCUUUGAUCCGUCCUGUAGACUAGAAAACAAAUGCUAAGUAUUACGCACCAUGUAGAGGUUACCGUCGAGAACCGAAAUGUCAAAGAGGUUCGACCAAAGGUCGUUCCGUUCGCUCAGUAAACGAAUAGCAGCGGUCCAGGCUGAUGACGAUAAAUCGAUGAGGUUACCUGACUCCAAAAUGAUCGAUUAUUCUCAAAAUUCAGCACUGGCCAGAGGCACGCCCAAACAUCUGAGCCUCCCUCCCCCCCCAGCUCGACUGAAAACCAUCUUCUUGUUUCCUAAAAAUUUUUUUGGGGGGGAAAGAAUAGAUAUGCAAACACGAGACCCACUUGUUGAUGGGGGAGCAGAUGGCUCUCCCCAUGUCACAACACGUGGAUUUGUUAAAGAGGGGAAACGCACCGAACAGCCGACAGUCAGAACCCUCUGUAAGAGUGUAUUCUUCAAAGUACGCCUGUCUUCUAGAAGGCUACUAGAAAGUAUUCAGAACCACUAGAACGUGCUCAGAAAAUAAAAAAAGCUUUGAGGAGCUCAGCUUGUGUGCUUUUAAGUUAAGUGGCUUUCUGGCAAGUUUUUCUUUUCAUCAAAAAAACCCACAAAAGUCUGCCGCAUUAGCAGACGAUAUAACUGUUGCAAGUGAGCUAUGUUUGCACCAUUGCGCGACGCGAAGUUUCGACAAGUAGAAGGUGACAAGUUUGCACUCAAUUAUGCCAAAAAAAUGUUUGAAGAACUCUACUCUCAGACAUAUGCUGUAUUACUACUAUUCAUUCUAGGUCAAAAUAAUUCCAUGUGUCCAAGCUGCUGUCUUAAUGUAAACUUGACUGUUUAGAUUUUUCACAUGUUGAUAUGGGAGUUGCCUUAUCUCUCGAAGACAUUCACUGUUUAACUGAGACGUUUUCCUAUCUCUGGCAAAAAUGUGUUUAUUUAUCAAACAAGCUGUAUAUUUGUGUAUAGGGUGACAUGAAAUGUGAAUACCUGCCAAUGUACACGUAGUGAUUUAGUGUUCUAUACGAUCAAAUCGCAUUUGCUGAACUACAGACAACAGGUUGUUUACAAAAUGGCAGCGUGGUCCAGCACCAGUUUUUCGUUUGGAAUUGUCAUGAGGGGCUUGUGCUCUUUGUUUCCGAGGGGACGGAACGUGGACCCGAACCUUAAAAACUAGAGAGAAUGUUGACCGUGGAGCCUCUCGGCUUCAUCUGAACGGCCUGCUACUUUCAGAUGUUCUUCAGAAUACGUAUAUUCUCAUGUAGUAAGAUUGUCUGCGUACCUGUGACGGGAUGCUCGUCGAUCCCACCAUCUUCUGGCUGUUUCAGUUUCUUCAGGUUUCCCAAGUUGCCCCCGACACAGUAUUCGAAAAGGAAAAGGGCACUCUUCACCCUCUCACAGGUCUCACUUAAAUUGCAAACUGCUCAUGUUCCGUCAGAUUCCUAACCGUGCACAUUUAGGGUAGUUUAUUUCCUGUAUUCAGGAUGGAAAGGUCUUAGAGUCCACCGAAUCCGUCAGAGAGAAGUACGCUGACAGUUAUUCCUAAAGUUGAAGUUCUGCUGUUUUAGUUCUAUUGCUUGAUAUACAUCUUGAAUAAAGUCUUAAUCUUUUUCUUUAAAAAAAAAAAAAA